UGUGCCGUGUGUCAGGGAAAUUGUGAAGAGAUUUGUAAAGUGCCUGGGGCGCAAACAUUGAAACAAGUAAUUUUCAUAGUUUAAGGGACUCUAACGAAGAAGAAAAAAGAACCUAAUCUGUGGCAAUGACAGAGUGAAUAAAUGUCUAGCAUUAACAUCACAAGAAUUUUGCGAUGUUAUAAGUCCGUCAGUUACACUUGCAAACACUCAGUUGAACUUGUUGUACUGCUUGCAGUCGAACGUAAAUUGAGAAUAUCAACUAGCAUUUAUAGCCAUUUACUAAAACGGGAAUUACACAGCAGCUGUACUAUGGGCAGUAGUAUGGCUGCCACUAGUACUCUAGAGAAACUGAAAUUUGAUAAUAAGGUUCUUCGUUCGCUCCCGAUCGAUGAAGAAGCAGAAAACUACACCAGGCAGGUCCCAGGUGCCUGUUUCUCUCGCGUUACUCCAACGCCUGUAGAAAACCCCAAGCUGGUCGUCUUUUCUAAAAGUGCGCUCGAACUUCUAAACGUCGCGGAGGAGGAGGCGAACACCGACAAAGCUGCUGAAUAUCUCUCGGGCAACAAGCUCCUGCCAGGAUCCGAGACGGCUGCACACUGCUACUGUGGUCACCAGUUUGGAGCGUUUUCUGGCCAGCUAGGCGAUGGCUGUGCACUAUACCUAGGAGAGGUGCUGAAUGCAGCCGGAGAGCGAUGGGAGGUGCAGCUGAAGGGAGCGGGAAUGACUCCCUACUCCCGGCAAGCGGACGGGAGAAAGGUGCUGCGCUCCUCCGUACGGGAAUUUCUCUGUAGUGAGGCCAUGUAUCAUCUUGGCAUACCGACGACGCGGGCCGGCACCUGCAUCACGUCAGACACCGCAGUCAUGCGUGACAUCUUCUACAACGGAAACACGAUAUGGGAGAAGGCGACCGUUAUACUACGAAUUGCUCCUACAUUUCUCAGGUUUGGUUCCUUUGAGAUCUUUAAGCCGACUGAUGAGUUCACCGGGCGUAAGGGUCCGAGUGUUGGCCGCAAUGACAUCCUGGUGAAAAUGCUUGAUUAUGUCAUAGAGACAUUUUUUCCUGAGAUUCAUAAAAAGCAAAAAGGCAGCCAAGAGGAUAAAUAUUUUCAGUUCUUUCGUGACGUGGUGUUGCUAACAGCCAGGCUGGUGGCUCAGUGGCAAUGCGUAGGAUUUUGCCACGGAGUUUUAAACACGGAUAACAUGAGCAUCGUUGGACUGACUAUCGAUUACGGCCCGUUCGGAUUCAUGGACAGCUACAAUCCUGCUCACAUCUGUAACUCCUCAGAUGAAGGAGGCAGGUAUGCCUUUGAUAAGCAACCGGAAAUAUGCAAGUGGAAUUUGGAGAAAUUGGCCGAGGCCAUCCAAGCUGCUCUACCUCUAUCGAAGUCCAACAGAUUACUACCGCUGUUCGACUUCGAAUUCCAACAAUGUUACCACGCGCAGAUGAAAAAGAAAUUUGGACUUUGCAAGGAGUUACCGGAGGAUAAAGCGCUUUUCCAGGCCUUCCUGGACAACAUGGAAGCCACUGGAGCAGAUUUUACCAACAGCUUUCGCGCCCUGAGCCUACUUCGGCUCCCCGGUUGUGCGGGUUAUGACCAAAGUAAGAGAGACCUCAUGACUCAGCUGCUCAGUCAGUGUCUGACGCUCGAGGAACUGAAGAAGCAGUACGCACCACAGAUGGAUCCGAGGCAAUUUGCAAUAUUUCAAAGUCUGCUGCAGUCUAAUCCAGCAAUGGUGGAGAUGCUGGGAGUGCGCAGAGGCUUGGGAACUAUCGAACGUGAAAUGGAGCGCAUGCUAAAGAGGAGGGAGCUCGAGAAGAUGUCCAACGCAGAAAAGAGUGCCAGCGAUCGAGAGGUGUGGUUCGGCUGGGUGCUUAAAUACGCGGCGAGGUUAGAGAAAGAGGUGGCGGACACGGCACAGGUCGAAGCACUGAAUGACCAGCGUGUGGCCCUGAUGAACGGCGCCAAUCCGAGGUUUGUCCUGCGAAACUACAUGGCUCAGAACGCGAUCGACGCGGCGGAGGACGGAGACUUCUCGGAGGUGCAGCGGGUCCUGCGGUUGCUGGAGAAGCCGUUCUCCUCCUCCUCCUCCUCCUCCGGCGACGACGACGUGGAGGAAGCCUGCGUCCUUGCGAGACCGAAUUCUGCAAGCCCUGCACGGGUGAAAGAUGGCGACGACGACUCACACGUGUCGCCGGAAGCUGAAGCCGCUGCCAGCGAUAAGAAGAGUUCGUCUACGCACGGCGACCGCGUUCGCUACGACGGCAAGCCACCUAGCGGGAUGAAAGGCCUGCGAGUCACUUGAUCCUCGUAAAUAGCGGCACCAGCGCAUGCGCGGAUGUGUGCGUGCGCGUGCGCCGCUAGUCUCCGCCACGUGCGAGAGGUAGAAUGCAAGCGAUUGAAUGUCAAACGAAGGUCGCCAGGGCCGUAGCCUGCGGGGUGGGGGGGGGGCAGGUGACCCCUAGAUUUUGGAGCAA